GGGGCUGGCUGGAUCACCCCAAAAGCUAAUCAACUUUUAGUAUUUGUAACUUUUUAUAUACAGCAAAGAGCUGACAAAAAUAGCAAAAGAGGAAUUUUGACAGAAAUAGAGGACAAUUUGGACAUAUGUGCAACAAAAUACUUAGGGAGGCAAUAUAACAAGAAUACCAACAAUUAUGAGGUGCAAGCCACUCUGUUAAUAUAUCAGAAACCACUGCCUGUGCUAAACUGAUAAAUUGUGAUUUGAUUUUAUGUUUUAAUUUUUGGCCUCAGCCACAGACCCUGCAGUUUGUCACCAGCACUUCAGUUUGAUGUGUCUAUUCACUGUCCGCCAUUUAACACGUUUUGUUUUCACACUGCCAAAAAAAGUAUACUUAAAGGCAUUUCUUUGUUGUAUUUCCGUAGAUUAUUUUGGGAACUUAGUUUUGUAUAAGAGGUUAAUCUUUAUAUUUUUUAUUGUCAUUUUUUUUCAUGGCUUUUUUUUUGUACUAAUUUGCAUUUUGUUACUCAAAGCAUUCAGCCAAAAUAAAUGCAUAAUGUGAAAUUGUUCUUGUAGUGUCUGUUGCAGUAUAUAACACACAAAAAAGUUUUCUGUCUUUGCUCCCUGCCAGUUUAUUGCACUUCUUCCUUCUUUUUUUUAAUUUUUACAUCAUCCCGCUUCAAGUACUUUGCAUGUUUGGAGGAUGGAUGCAAAACCAGGAGCAUCCAAAGUUAUUCAUUUCCUUGUGUUGAAUGGAGUCUUGUGUUGCCAGUCAAAUGUGCUGUUGUUUGAUCUUCUGGAACAGUUAUUUUGUGUCUCGUACUGAGGGAUCAUUUCCUUCUGUUGAGAGAAGCUGGUCACAGGAUGCCUCUGUAGAUUGGAUAAAAUUUUUCAAGCGGCUGUCCUCUGGUGAAAUUUCAUGAACCUAGUCUCUACAGGAAUCAAACAUGGGAAAGAUAUCUCUCCAGGAUAAAGUCCUUAUCUUACUUUCUUGGGCUCUGGUGUUGAUGUUCAGCGCUGCAGAGCAAGACUACUUCCCUCGUCCAGAUCCUGUCACCUGGGAUGAGGCCAGGACACACUGUCAGGCCUGUUACAAAGAGCUGGUGACACUGACUCCACAAAACAUCCAAAAACUCACCCAGAACAUCACCUCUGACUACUGGAUCGGCCUCCGCAAGAACUUCUCCUGCACCAGCAACUGCAGUAUGUACUGGUCCCACUGGGCCAACGGGGAUCCCCUCAUCUUCCAGAACUGGUACCCUGGUUUACCUAGGUUUAAAUCCUCCCCAAAACGAUACUGCUGCAGCUGCAGCUGCUCCUGCAACAGCCAUGCAGCAAUGACUACCCCAGGAAAGACAAGCUUCACCACAUUCACAAACUUUACAACCUCAGAUGUGACAAACACGACUGACAUGAGCAGUUUCACCGACAUGAGCAGUUUCACCGACAUCACAAACCAAACUGCGACAGACUUUAAUCUCUGGAACGCUACCACCCAAAACACUCCACCCACUGCAACGCCCAGGAUGCCGGUAGAAGCAGAAUGUGUGCCAUCACCUACGCUGACCCCGCUUGUCCCCGAGACUGAUGUAAACUACAUUGAAGACUCUUGUGUGGCCAUGCUGAGCUUUGGGGCUUGGGUUGAAAAGAACUGUUCGGAGCUUCUGCCUUACAUAUGUUAUGAUGAUCUUUUCUUGAGCCAAGUCAACGUGACCAACAAGACGUCUGAGAGCGCCUUUUUAACAUGGCUACCCGGGCCUGGUAACAUCAGCCAUUACCUCAUAAAAGUGAACGGAAGCCUGACAAAAUUGCUGGCUGAAAAUUUGACCCAUGACCUUGUCAACCUGACAGCAGGCACCGGCUACUUGGUCCAGGUGAUCCCGGUUAAAUGUGGCAGACUCCUCAACCCGCAGAUGGUCGCCUUCUACACCAAACCCAACAAAGUGGGAAACCUCUCAGUCACCAGCGUGACAGAAACCUCUGUCUUCCUGACGUGGAACAAACCAGUUGGAAACCAUGGUUUCUAUCUUAUUGAGGUCCAGGGUGGUCAGAAGAUCACAAGUGACACAGAGAGCAAAGAAGUCAACAGUUUGAUACCUGGAAGCCUUUACACGUUCACCGUCCAUUCAGUAGUCAAUGACACAUGGAGUGAAGGAUACAACAUCAGUACAUACACCAAGCCCGGGAGAGUGUUGCAGCUGAGGGUGUCUAAUAAUACCCAAAACUCAGUGCUGCUUAGAUGGAGUCCACCUGAGGGAAACUUCACGAGUUUCUUUGUGAAUGCUACGUAUGACAAUAAUAGUACAGAGUUUAACGUGGGGAAACAAACUGAAGUGAAUGUAACAGGGCUGCCAAUUGGCACCAAAAUAACCCUCCGUGUGACAGCACUGACCAAUGGCACUCUGAAGGGAGAAGAAGUGACCAUCGUCACCUACACUGCUCCUGGACCUGUUUCAGGCCUCAAUUUGGUUUCAACACAUAACUCCCUCACUGCCAACUGGACAUCAUCUGGGGGUAAUGCUUUCAUCAUCGAGCUCUACUUGGAUGGCCAAGAAGUAGACAGAAACAACAUAACAUCACUUACGACGUGCUUUGUUGGACUGAAGACUGCAGCCAAUUACACAGUGAACGUCUACGCCUUUAGCGGAAAUCUCAAUAGCAAGCCAGUGAGAAGUUCCUGUUACACUAAGCCAUUGCCACCUACUAAUGCCAGAGCCAUUGACUGUAAUAAAAAACAAAUCACCAUACAGUGGGACGCCCCUGAAAACGUAUCAACAACAGCAAUGUACUCUGUGACAAUCAACUCCAGCUUCUGGGACAUCAGCUGGUCUAAUACUACUAACUACACCCGCUACACGUUUGUUGGCUUGAAAUCAGGGACCAGGUACGACUUUGAAGUACGAACAGUGGCUGGUACAGAGUACAGUAUUACAGCACGUGGGUCAAAUUGGACAGUUGCAGAGAUCAGGGAAAUCGGCCUGUCUAUGUUGUGCACUUCGAAUGAACCUCUCCUCUGUGAUACUAACACCACAAGGAAACUUGUGUUUGAGAAGUUGCAUUCACAUUUCAACAAUCUGUUGGGGGACCGUGUUAUCUGGAAUCUCACGAAGCAGGAAACUUAAAACAAAGGAACACAAGAACAUUAAUUUUGCUUUGGUUUUUUCAAUAUGUAUUGGUGAAGGUAUUUUAGUGUUUUCUGUCUUGGGUUUACUUUUUUGCACUAUACUGCUGCUCAGGAAAUCAAAUAUUAAGUCACAGUGUGUAGUGAAAAGAAGAAUUAAGUCAUUAUAAUGUCUUUUAUGAUUUAGAAUCUAGUUACAAGUUGACUGCUCUGACUCUAUUUCAUAUUUUUAAUUCAAAACAAUGCCACAACAUAAAAACUAUAAUAACUGAAAUGUAUUUCCUACUUUUGCUGCUCCUGGACUGCUUUGUGUUUGUUUUAUAUCAUUUUAUUUCCCUUGAUGUUCUUUUGUGUGUAUGGCCCAUUUCCAACAGGAAAAAAUAUGUCUGUUGUAACUAAAUAAUGAAUAAAGAAAGGGUGAGAGAUUAGUUCUUCAGUGAACUCAUUGAACAUGUUCCAGCCGUAAAUAAAGUUUUCCAGCUGAAUACACAUCACCGCAA